AUGAAAAAGGGUUUUGAUUCGUUCCAAGAUCCACAGUUUUAUGCCAAGCGUUAUAUUAUAUCCCAAGCAAUGUCUUGGAAUGAAGUUGCAUUCUUAAAGGAUGGAACAAAAACAAAUAAAUGGAAAAACGCAAUCCAGACUAAAAUCAGGAUAUCUCCUGAAAAUAGUAAGAACAUUGAAAUACAGGGUGACCAGAUAUAUCAAGGAAUUACCGAAAUUAAAGAAGAAACUGCAAAUGAUGAUACAAAGACUAAGUAUUUAGCUUUGCAUUUUCAAAAGGAUUGUAUCGCUGUUGCUUGCAGACAGGAUAUCUUAGAUUUAUUAUACACUGCGAUAUGUUCAGUACUUGAUUUACCAGUAGAAAAAAGUAUUUUCAGUGAAAAAACUGAACAAAUGAAAAACAUGAUUAAUGAUACAAAGCAUUUUCUUGACGAUAAUGUUGAACAAGAGUCUCCACCAAUACCUCCAGCGCCAAAUAUGGCAUUGGUAGAAAAGCUUUAUCCAUCGAACCCAUACUAA